AUGCUUCUUCAUCCGUGCAUUGCUAGACUGUAUUAUCGGCACCCGCUCCCGCCUCGAGGCAAGCCGACCUCCGUCCGCUUUCUUCUUCCGACACCGCUUCUGCCUGCAAACAGAGCUAAGCUCCGGCUAACUUUCACGCCCGGCUGCUGCUACCUGGUUCCGAGGCGCAUUCUCUCACCAAUACGAUUGGGUGUGCGCGCGUGUCAGUCCAACCUCGAGUCGAAUCCGAGCUCCAAACAGCCAACAACCAUGUACAUCUCUCAGUUUCUAUCCUUGGGCGCUUUGCUGCCGUUGGCAGCCACCUUGGGCAUCCAGCAACCCCUCGGCGCCGACACCCCCCGGCUGACCCCUCAUGCUUCGUCUGUAACCCCGGGCUCCUCGUCGUCUUCGUCUACCGCACCUUCUUGGCGAGGGGAUCUUUUAAAGCUGCACCGCUCCCUCAUUGAAAUCCCCUCCGUCUCGGGCAACGAGAGUGCGGCGGGAAAAUUUCUGGUCGAUUACUUGACCGGCCGAGGUUACGUCUCGUCUCUCCAGUUUCUGCCUCCUCGCGGUAACGAUUCCAACGAGACACCGCGCUUCAACGUAUUGGCCUGGAAGACGAACCAACGCCAGCCCAAGCCCCGCGUUGUCAUCUCAUCUCACUACGACGUCGUGCCGCCGCACAUUCCCUAUGGUAUCUCGGAUGACCAGAUCACGCCCGAUACCCGUAUCAGUGGCAGGGGAAGCGUAGACGCCAAGGCCAGCGUCGCUGCUCAGAUCAUUGCCCUUGAGGACCUGUUCAGCGCCGACAAAGUCGACCCUGACGAUGUGAUGCUCUUGUUCGUCAUCGGCGAGGAGGACACGGGCGACGGAAUGCGCUUCUUCUCUGAUUCCUUGCAGGAGGCCGACCCGCCUGUGCAGUUUGGCUCUGUCAUCUUCGGCGAGCCCACCGAAGGCAAGCUAGCUUGCGGCCACAAGGGCGGGGUGUUCUGCGACAUCACGGCAAAGGGUGUUGCUGGCCACUCCGGCUACCCCUGGCUGGGCAAGUCGGCCAACGAGAUCAUGAUCAAGGCUUUGGCCAAAGUCAUUACGACCGACCUCGGAAGCACCGAAAAGUGGGGCAACACAACGGUGAACGUCGGCCAGCUCAAUGGCGGCGUCGCCCAGAACGUCAUCCCUGCCGCGGCUCUGGCUAGAAUCGCAGUCCGCGUUGCUAUCGGCCCUGAGAAGGACGGCGGAAACAUCGUCAAGGGCAGGAUCCAGAAGAUUCUUGAUGAGACCGAUUCCGACUCGCUCGAGUUGACGUGCACACACGGAUACGGCGUCGUAGAGGCCAACUGUGAUGUUGAUGGCUUUGAGACGACCGUGGCCAACUAUGGCACUGAUAUCCCCAACCUCAAGGGCUCUCACACGCGCUACCUCUACGGUCCAGGCAGCAUUUUGGUGGCCCACGGCCGCGACGAGAACAUCACGGUCGGCGAACUCGAGGAGGCCGUGGGAGGUUACCAGAAGCUGAUCUUACAUGCUCUCAAGGCUUCCGCCUGAUCUGGGUUCCCAGCGUGGUCUCGGUACACAUACAGUAGUCGGUUGUCAUUACGCCGUAUCCGUAUCCUCCUUCUAUAGAUCACUUAAUAGUGUACCACCCUUGGACUGCAGCGGAUGCGUGCGGACCUGUCAAUUUUGGAACAACCCUAAACGAUCCUUUCGU